GAUGUCCGGCGUGCCGGAGCUUACGGUGCCAGCUGACAGCGCCGAGCCCCGCUUGCGCUUUGCAGUGUGAAGCACGCGUCACGGUGCCGGGCCCGGCGCUCAGUCUCACGGAAUCGGAGCGCACAGCAGACGCCACCACCAAAUUGGAGAGAAACUGCGCUCCCUCUUGCGAGAAGAUGGCGCCGUCGCGGUCCCGCACCCUGAGGAGGUGCCAGCGAGUCUUGUACUGGGUGCCUGUCCUCUUCAUUGGGCUCAUCGCCUGCUGGUCCUACUACGCCUAUGUCAUCCAGCUGUGUGUAGUAUCGAUGAAAAAUAUUGGAGAAAAGGUUGUCUGUUUGGUAUUUUACCAUUUACUUUUCAUCAUGUUUGUUUGGUCGUACUGGAAAACCAUCUUUACAAAGCCAAUGAAUCCGACUAAAGAGUUCCACCUUUCGUACACAGAUAGGGAACAAAUAGAACGUGGGGAUCGGGGUGAAGGUCAGCAGGAAGUCCUCAGACGAAUGGCCAAGGAAUUGCCCAUCUAUACAAGAACCUUAUCUGGAGCAAUUCGAUACUGUGACAGAUGUCAACUUGUGAAGCCAGAUCGCUGUCACCACUGCUCAGUCUGUGACAAGUGCAUUUUGAAGAUGGAUCAUCAUUGUCCUUGGGUGAACAAUUGCGUUGGUUUCUCCAACUACAAGUUUUUCUUCCUUUUCUUGGCUUACUCACUUCUUUAUUGUGUAUUUAUCGCUGCUACUGAUCUUCAAUACUUUAUCAAGUUUUGGCUGGAUGGAGUUCUAAUUAAGCGCCUGAAGGAAUAUUGGAAUGGCCUACCAGACACCCAAGCUAAGUUCCACAUCAUGUUCCUGUUCUUUGCAGCUGCCAUGUUCUCCGUCAGCCUGUCCUCUCUGUUUGGCUACCAUUGCUGGUUAGUCAGUAAGAACAGGUCUACAUUAGAGGCAUUCAGAGCACCUGUAUUCCGACAUGGACCAGACAAGAAUGGGUUUAGCUUGGGCUGCAGCAAGAAUAUGAAGCAGGUAUUUGGUGAUGAGAAGAAGUACUGGUUGCUGCCUGUCUUUACAAGUUUAGGUGAUGGCUGUUCCUUCCCAACAUGUUUAGUGAAUCAGGACCCAGAGCAACCCUCCACUCCAUCUGGGCAUAACUCAAAUACUAAAAGUGUCGCUGAAGGCCAUCCAUUUCCUGCCAAACCUUUACGAGAGUCCCAGAAUCAUCUAUUGGGUAGCAGCCAAACAUGGUCAGAAGGAACUUCUGAUGAUGAGAAAGGCAAGCAUGGUAUGAGCAAUCCUGUCAUGGUCAUGGAAAAUGAGACCUAGCUAUGUGUCAAGCAGCCUUUAACAGCUGACAGUUUUCUAGAUGCAGCUGCUUAUGGAUGAAAUCUAGGAAGAAAUUGUUUCCAAGAUCCCAACCUUCACCUGCCCGUCCAUCCCUGUUUGAUGUCUGUGCCUCUGUGGGAUGUCCAAAGGAAAUCUUCCUAUGAUUGACUGGAUUUCCUGUUAUCACAGCUUAACAAACAACUUAGUGAUUCAGCCACCCGUAAAUGUACACUGGGGAAAUAUAAUUCUAUUCUGAAUGCAUAUGCUUAACAAAACACGCUAAAUCUUAAUAGCAGCUUGGCAUUGCAGUAAUUAUGAAAUUAUUGAGGAAAACAGUCUCUUGCCCUUUGAAACAAUGCUAAAGUAAUUCUGGUUUGACCACUGUUCAUGCUAUGGUACUGCCUGGAUUUCCAUAUCAGAUCAUAUAUGUGCAAGGGCUCACUCGUCCCUUGGUGAAUGGUCCCUUGGUACAUGUGAAGGCAUUUUGUGUUUAAUGGGAAUGACCUGUUUCCUUUAACUGUUAGUGUUAAAGGAGUUCAUAAGUACAGACCUCUAACAAAAUUUUAGCAGGUGUCUUACAAGGCAGAAAUAGAUGAGACAUCGUGAAUAUGCCUUUCAUUAAUGCACGUGGAUUUCAUUUUGAUUUUUUUUUGCUAAGGGGUGAAGAAAGUAUAUAAUAUUGUUCCCAAAAUAUCUGAGUCAGUUAUUUUACUAUCUUAUUGAAAAUAACUUACAGGAGUUGUGGAUUAUCUGGCCAAGAAAGUGCUGAAGGAAUAUAUUUUAAUAGUAUUUUAGACCUGCAGUGUUCUGUACUGAGAUCUGUUUCCAGUGAUAAAUUCUGCAUGCCCCAACUGUGGCAUUUAACCCAUCGAACUUUGUUUAUUUGGUAGGCAGAAGAAAUGAUCAUGUGGCCUUUUUUGUGGUGCACAGUUUCCCCUUACAAAUGUUGAGUCAGCAUGACUUCAGUGUGUUGUUUUCAAAUGGAAUGCGUGUACCAAAUAGAAUUUCUGAAUAUUCACACAUCAUAUUAGAUAACAAAGUGCCAUGAGCACAAUCAAUACAAAGGGACGCAAAGUACAGAAAAUGCUUUGGUAAAGACCAAUGAGAGAAAGCACAAACUGGUCCCCUUGUAGUUUGCAGUGCCUUUGAUGAAAAUCUGAUCCACUGUUGUAAUGUAUUUGGAAUCUAAUUUUCAAGACUCCCCCUUUUUAAACCAAAUUUCAGUAUGAUUUCAACUGGUGAAAUUAAACAUUUUUAUUCCUGUUAUUAAAUUAUACAGGAAAAAAUAUUCUAAUAAUUGGAGUGAGAAGUUUUCCCUGUGCAGUGAAAAGAGAAGAAAACUUAGUAAAUUGCUUAUUAAAAGUGAAUGUUUUUCUGGGGCUGCUUUUAAACAUGAGUAAAUCAACUUGUACUGUUUAAAUAAUGAAUAUUUAGUUAGUCAACUAUCCUAAUGCAACAUGUUGUUUAAUUUUUUAAAAAAAGGAACAAUUUUAAGGCCAGUAAGGUUUCAGAGUUGCGACAUCUCAAAAUUCAAAUUAAUAUAUUUGUUGAAAAGGGGAGUGUUGUUGACACAUUGUCCCUAGAAUAAAUAUAGUAGCCAAAUUAGUUUUCUAGCUGUAAUUUAUACCAAGGCAUUUUAAAGAACAUAGUUAUUUCUGUGGAAUAUGUUUUGGGGUACUUUGAUUAAAUUUCUGGCACUAAAGCAAAAUCAAACUAGUAGAUUUGGAAAUCUGAAAUAAAAGCAGAAAACAAGGGAAAAAGCUGCAGGUCAGACAUUUGUUCUACAUUUGCCUUUUAUAAGGCAUUUAAAAAUAUUCAAGUUAAUUCUUCUUUCAACAUUUGGUUUGUCAAUCUUGUUAUAUUCUUUGAUAAUUUAUGCAGUAGAGGAAUGCACAAAUAAAAGAAAAUCCAGUAUUAGUAACCAGAUGAUAGAAACGAGUGAAAUAAAGUAACUUGAAGUUUAAACAAAGCUGAGGAAAAUCCCAGUUUCUGAAGGUUUGCCUUCUUCUGUAAACAUGCAAAUCAAAACCCUAAUGUCUAUUUCACACUGUUCUCCAAAUUAUUUACAAACUGGAUGCAAAUAUAUAGUGACAUAACUAUUAAAAAGAAUUUCCUACAAAAUGAGGCAAGAAAUUUUGUAUUUUUGUUUCCAUGGAAUCAAAAACAAUUAUCACUGGCCCGUUCUCUAAAUGUGUAGUUUACCUCUUCCUAGUAAUUUAUUACAGGUAAGGUGGGUAACAAAAGUAAGUGAGUUGUCCUCAACUGCUGAGCUGUAAUGAAACUGUGACUACCAGUCAUACUUCGCAUCUGUUUAUGGUCUGCAUUAUGCUUAUCUUAACUACUGUAGAGUUGCACAAUCCCAAACACUCAACAUGGAAAUAUCUAAGACAGGAGGAGAUGAUUCAUCAAUUUCCAAAUGUAAAUACAGCCAGAUCCUACAUAUGGCAAUGAAAAAGAACCCAAAAUUCUGGUUUUGUUUCAGGGAGAAAUAUUGGCCAAGAUACAAAGAAAAACUUCACCUCCUUAAUUUCGUGCCACAUUGUUUUAUAACUGCCUUAUUCUGUCCCAUCUAAGGACUACUAUACAUCUGCUAGUAUGGAAAUCUGUCAACUGUAUUGAUGUGAUCAAAUCACUGGAGUAGGCCCUCUAUGUAGGUCAGGGGUUUCCUUUAUUUUUAUACCAUGACAAUUCGUUGCUACUAAAUUAGUAAUUAUAAUCCCUACAAAUUCAAAAAUAAUUGAGUCAACUAUCUAAUGGUAGGAUUAAGACAAAUCCAUAUGUCUUUAGAUCCCCAGAGAACAUGUUGGUAUAAACCAAUGCCAUUAAGCAAAGAGGCUGUGCACCCCAGGUUAGGAACCCCUGAUGUGGGUGAGUGUCUUCCUAAGGGCUGCAUUUUAACCUGGAUCUCUUUAAAGAAUAAACAAUAAUUUGAUUGUCUUAAGUUGUUUGAAUUUGCUACUAUGCUGAGGUUUUUGAUUUUAUAGAUCAACAAAUAAAGCAGCAAGAGGGAUAAUUGUACAAAUUUAUGCAUUAUAUUUGUGGCCACACCUAGAGUGUUGUAUGCAUUACUACAGGAAUGAGUGCACCGGAGAGGGUGCAGACGUGAUUCAGCAGGAUGUUGUUUGGGAUGGAACAAUUCAGUUUUGAGAGGGGAACUGCAGAAAAUGUAUUUGUUGGCCUUGGAGCAGAAGCUGAGUGAGAAAAUGUGUCAAAAGUGUGCACAAUUUUGAGGGGCAUAGAUAGGGUAAAUAGUAGGAAACUUCUCCAUUGCACAGGUUUUUAAAAUUACAGGGCAUAGCUUUAAUUAGGAGUAAGAGAUUUAGAGGGGAUCUAAGGAAGAGCAUGCUGGAUGGUGGUACUAAGAAUCCUUACAAUCAAAUAUCUAGAUGAGCACACAAAACACCAAGGCCAGCAGUCUCAGACCAGGGCUGGUAAUUGGAAUAGUAUAGAUGGGUCCUUACAAGUCAGAGUGGGUGUGGUAGGUUGAUGGGCUUGUUUCUGGGCUGUACGACUCUGACACUUUUCUGCUUCUUUGUCACUAACCUCAGUUGAGAUGUGGCUGAUACUGAAGGUCCUUUGAAGGGCAGCAAUAAGAAAAUAAAUCUGUUUCUUGACUGGCUAAAAGUAGGAAUUGAACAAUAUUCGUUUAACUACAAUCAUAAAUAAACCUGCAAAACAGUGCAUUUAAUAUUUCCUAAUUAAAUUGGAGUUUGGCUUCCAAAAUAAUGGGUCUUAAAAUGCAGUCAUGUUAAAAAUCAACUUGUAUUAAUAAAGUUAUUUACUCGUGGUAGUUCUAUUUUCUAAAACUUAUAGAUAAAAACUCCACAAAGGCUUGAAUUACUGAAAACUUAACAAGGGCUUCUGUUGGACACUUCAGUUGUGAGCAAAUUUAAUGAGAUAGAGAAAUAAGUAAAAGUUGUAAUUUUUUUUCACUUUGCUUGUGUCCAUUAGCCAGAGAACACCGUCACAAUCAACAUCAGAUUUUUAAAAAGAUCCAAUAUAAAGGGGCGAGGAAGAAUCAAAAAGAUAUAGCUUUACUUCACUGUCAUGUUAUGUCGUUGGCUUAAUCUUUUAUAUAUUUUAGGAAAAAUCAUUUUGUUAUGAGGGUGUUUUGAGUUAAGCCCAAUCCAGGACAACUGAAUAUUUGGACAAGUUCCUGGUCAUUGUACUUGCCCUAUGUUAUGCUGCAUGUCCAGUAAAAAAUAAAACAUUACUUUUAUAAUAGUUAAAUAAUUGAGGUUGACAAUUUACUUUAAGUAACUGGAAAUAAAAAGG